AUGUAUUCUCUGUUUCUUCUAGCCAGCCUCCUGGGCGCGGCUGCAGCCAGCCCUGUCCUGGGCCUGAGAGAAUGCACCAGAGGCUCAGCAGUGUGGUGUCAGAACAUCAAGACGGCGGCCGACUGCGGGGCGGUGAAGCACUGCCUGCAGACCGUCUGGAGCAAGCCCACCGUGAAAUCCCUUCCCUGCGACGUGUGCAAAGAUGUCAUCACUGCAGCUGACAACAUGUUGAAAGAAAAUGCCACUGAGCAAGAGAUCCUCGUGUACCUGGAGAAGACCUGUGACUGGCUUCCUAAGCCGGACCUGUCGGCCUCAUGCAAGGAGAUGGUGGACACCUACCUCCCAGUCAUCCUGGACAUGAUUAAAGGGCAGAUGAGCCAACCCGAGGAGGUGUGCUCCGCGCUCAGUCUCUGUGAGUCUCUUCAGAAGCACCUGGCAGAGCUCAAUCACCAGAAGCAGCUCGAGUCCAAUAAGAUCCCAGAGCUGGACAUGACUGAGAUGGUGGCGCCCUUCAUGGCCAACAUCCCCCUCCUCCUCUACCCUCAGGGCGGCCCCCACCACGAGUCCCGGCCGAAGGCUGGCGGGGAUGUUUGCCAGGACUGCGUCCAGAUGGUGACCGACAUCCAGAAUUCUGUGAGGACCAACUCCACCUUUGUGCAGGCCUUGGUGGAACACACCCGGGAGAAGUGUGACCUCUUGGGGCCUGGCAUGGCCGACAUGUGCAAGAACUAUGUGGACCAGUACUCCGACAUUGUUAUCCAGAUGAUGAUGCACAUGCAACCCAAGGACAUCUGUGCCCUGGUCGGGUUCUGUGAGCAGGAGGUGCCCAUGCAGCCUCUGGUCCCUGCCAAAGUGGUCUCGGAGAACGUCAUCCCUGCCCUGGAGCUGGUGGAGCCCAUUAAGAAGGGCCUGGUGCAGGCGAAGGAAGAUGUUUUGUGCGAGAUGUGUGAAUACGUGGUGAAGGAGUUGGUCAAGAUGAUCGACAGCAAUAAGACGGAGGAGGAAAUAAUUCACGCUUUCGAUAAAGUGUGCUCCAAAUUACCCAAGUCCUUGUCUGAAGAGUGCCAAGAGGUGGUGGACACUUAUGGCCGCUCCAUCCUGUCGAUCCUCCUGCAGGAGGCGAGCCCCGAGCUGGUGUGCAGCAUGCUCCAGCUCUGCACCAAGCAGGAGCUGCCUGCACUGACUGCACAUGUGACUCAGCAAAAGGACGGGGCCUUCUGUGAGGUGUGCAAAAAGCUGGUUGGCUAUUUGGACGACAACCUGGAGAAAAACAGCACCAAGGAGGAGAUCCUGGCUGCUCUUGAGAAAGGCUGCAGCUUCCUGCCUGACCCGUACAAGAAUCAGUGUGACCAGUUUGUGACCGAGUACGAGCCCAUGCUGAUUGAGAUCCUGGUGGAGGUGAUGGAGCCGUCCUACGUGUGCUCGAAAGUUGGAGUCUGCCCCAGGGCCGGCAAGCCCCUUUUGGGAACGGAGAAGUGUGUCUGGGGCCCAAGCUACUGGUGCCAGAACGUGGAGACAGCGGCCUUGUGCAACGCCGUUGAGCAUUGCAAACGUCACGUGUGGAACUAG